AUGUUAGGUACGGUGAAGAUGGAAGGACACGAAGCGUCCGAGUGGAGCAGUUAUUACGGGGAACCGCAGGAGGCCUAUUCAGCGGUGCCAGUAAACAGCAUGAACCCAGGACUUGGCAGCAUGAACAGCUACAUGAGCAUGAACACCAUGGGCACCGGCGGCAACAUGACCACGGGCUCCUUUAACAUGUCCUACGGGAACCCAGGGAUCGGCACGGGGCUGAGCCCGGGCAUGGCUGGGAUGCCAGGCAGCGGAGCCGGUGGCAUGAACGGCAUGGGCGCCGGGGUGACGGCCAUGAGCUCGGCCAUCAGCCCCAAUAUGAGCAGCCCGCAGGCACCCAUGAACGCCCUGAGCCCUUAUUCGAGCAUGAGCCCGGCCAUCAGCCCCAUGGCUUACAGUCAGAGUAACCUGAGCCGGCCCAGGGACAGCAAAACUUUCCGGCGCACCUACCCACACGCCAAGCCGCCUUACUCCUACAUCUCCCUCAUCACCAUGGCCAUCCAGCAGGCUCCCAGCAAGAUGCUGACUCUCAGUGAGAUUUACCAGUGGAUCAUGGACCUCUUCCCGUAUUACCGGCAGAACCAGCAGCGCUGGCAGAACUCCAUCAGGCACUCUCUCUCCUUCAAUGACUGCUUCAUCAAGGUGGCCCGCUCCCCCGACAAGCCGGGGAAAGGCUCCUACUGGACACUGCACCCGGACUCAGGCAACAUGUUUGAGAACGGCUGCUACCUGCGGCGCCAGAAACGCUUCAAGUGCGAGAAGAAGUCGGCGCUGAAAACGGCCUCGGACGGAGGGAGGAAAGAGGCGGCCGCUUCCUCCAGCCCCGCCGGUAACCCCAGCACCGGGGGUCGGGGUACGGCCGAGGGCACGGCGGCCCUCAGCGACUCGAGCAGCUCCUCCAGCCCGGACACAGGGCCUCAGGCCGACAUCAAGUCUCCAGCUCCGCUGGUGAGCUCGGGCCCGGCCAUCGGGGGCACCAUGAGCCCCCACCCUCACCCUCACCCUCACCCCCACCCUCAGUCUCAGCCGCACAUGGGCCACGUGUCGGCCGCCGACUCACAGCAGGUUCACCACCUAAAGGGAGACCCUCAUUACUCCUUCAAUCACCCCUUCUCUAUCAAUAACCUCAUGUCGUCUGAGCAGCAGCAUCACAAGAUGGACUUGAAGGCUUACGAACAGGCCAUGCACUACUCCAGCUAUGGGAACAGCAUGACCAGCGGGCUAACCCUCAGCUCAAUGGGCAAGAGCAGCUUGGAUCCCUCGGUUCUGACAAGCGACACUUCCUAUUACCAAGGUGUGUAUUCCAGACCUGUUCUCAACACUUCUUAG